GUUGGAUUACUGUAAUCCAAACUCCUUGCCUGGUGAGCUGGGCAGUCCAGCAGUCCAGCAGUCCAGCAGUCCAACACUCAACAGGAGGAUGAAGUCCAAGGCUCUGAGUGUGUUUCUGCUGACCCUGCUGCUCUUAACUGAUGUGUUUAUUGGAGUGGACAGCCAGGAGGGAGAGAAGGAAGAGGAUGAAGCUGAGGAGCAGGAGGAAGAGCAGCAGGUGAUGGAGCCAUGGACGGGUUCGGCUAACGGGAGAGCAUGCUCGUGUGACUGUGAGGCGGAAUCUGUGCCCAGCAAGCCCACCGUAACCUCACCUCUCUACACCACCUCCGUCCCCCCACCACCUGCCUACAGCCGCUUCAUGGACUGCAUGCCAGAGUGCCCUUACCACAAGCCCCUGGGCUUCGAGUCUAGCUUGGUGACUUCAGACCAGAUCGCCUGCUCUAACCAGGAGCAAUAUGUGGGCUGGUUCUCUGCCUGGACGCCUGGCAAAGCCCGUCUGAAUAGCCAGGGAUAUGGCUGUGCAUGGCUGUCUAAGUUCCAGGACACUAACCAGUGGCUGCAGAUCGACCUGCUGGAAGUGCAAGUGGUCUCAGGGAUUCUCACUCAGGGCCGCUGUGAUGCAGAUGAGUGGAUGACCAAGUACAGCCUGCAGUACCGCACCUAUGAGCACCUCAACUGGAUCUACUACAAAGACCAGACAGGAAACAACAGGGUGUUCUACGGGAACUCUGACCGCUCCUCCAUGGUGCAGAACCUGCUGCGGCCACCCAUCGUGGCACGCUACAUCCGCCUGCUGCCUCUGGGCUGGCACACGCGCAUCGCCAUCCGCAUGGAGGUGCUCACGUGCAUGAACAAAUGCACCUGAACAAGGCUGCCAGUGACCAAUCCCAAUGUUUUAGGACUACAUUCUCUUACUCACAUUGUUAGACAUCAAAACCAAUGUUAUCGUCUACUAACCUCUCAAAAGGGCUGACAUUUAAUUCCAGCAAAUGUAAUCAAAUGAAUCACAUAGUCAUUAUGAUGAGAGAGAUGGAUUAUUCAGGCUGAUCUGAGUGAAUGAAAAGUGUAUUACUGUGUUUGCCAGUUUGUGUGUAUGCAAAUGUGAGUGUACGCAGAAAAAAAGCAAUACACUGAAUUUACUUGA